AUGGAGAACGGGCAACAGCAGCAGGAAAGUUCACGACACCAUCAUUUCGUAGAAGGAACACACACUGAUCGCUUGCAGGCCGCUCGCUUGAGCGAGUCGCGAACACUCGUGGCGGCCGACUACGACUUCGCGAGCGCCAACGGCACCGGCAACGCACGCGGUCCCGUGACGAUGUACACAGAUUCAGGCUCUGGUCUUACCAUCUCCGGAGCCGGUCUUGGGCUCCCGUCAAAGUACGACGAAGACAACGAGGCAUACACCGUCACCAUCACCGUCACCAAGAAGGUCCCAUUCAUGAUCAAGCCAGUAUGUAUUGUCAUUGCUGUCACGUGCGAUGGCUUCGCUGAUCACAUCUAAAGGUGACCGAAAUGUCAGGAGACCAAGUCGAAUCGCACUGCCUCGAAUUGCGGGAGAGCAAGGCCCUUCCCAUCGUCGAGCUUCCGGUGGAAAUACGCGAUAUGAUCUAUGGAUAUUGCGUCACGGAUGGUGAGCCCAUCAGUCUGAGGGUUUAUCACAGACAGCUAGGAAGCUUUCGAUUGGUCGAAAAGUCGUUCAGGGCCUCCAAAAUGUCUGUUCACGUUCCGAAGAACUGGGAUCCUCACGCAAAGAAGUGGACCGGCAGGGAGCGCGACGCCUUCAACAUGUUGCAAGUCAGCCGCCAGUUUCACGACGAGACCGCCAAGGUCUUGUACCAGACCAACACGUUCGAAUUCCACUCUGCUCGGGCGCUCGAGAUGCUCAUCAAGCGCAACCCGCACGCCGCGAGCUAUCUUCGGAGGGUCCGCAUAGACGACAGCUGGGCCUUCAAUCGCUGGCAGGAGGCUGCUCUGAAAAAGAUCCGACUGGCAUUAAAGACGCUCUCCCGGCUCGAUGGUCUGCGAAGCUUCACCCUCUCCGGGAAGACUGUCACGGAAGCGGGCCUGGACGCCGACGACCUGGUGAACAAGUGCGUUCCGGUUCUGAAUGAGAUCCACCGCAGAUGCCAGCAGGAGAACGUCAAAGCGAAGAUUCUCGAUGCGCUCCGAGUCGACGAUGCAGCGCUUGGUAGAGAGGUCAAGCGUGUUCUUGCUGAGAGAUUCUUGCUCGACUACGCAGAGCCCGAGGAUCGGGAGGGCUGA